GCCGCGCUGAGGGAUGCAGAUCUCUCGCGACCAGCUCCAGCAGCUGAUCCAGCUGAGCGUGCAGCACCCGCCGGCGCAGAAGCAGGCCAUGCUGCAGGCGCUCGUCGACGCGGUGGAGGGCGGAGGCUCCGCCUUUGCUGCGCUCGCAGGCACGCCGCUGCAGCCGCUCGCCUCUGCGCUGAGGGUGCAGGCAGGCUGCCUCGUCGUCCCCGACGCGGCCUUCACGCAGGAGGGCCUGCGGAGCUGCCUGGUGGACGCGGCGGCAGGGGUUGCCGCCGAGGAGGACCCGCUGCCUCUCGCCGACGCCACUGAAGCGCUGCUCGUGGAGCAGAGCGCGCCGAUGGAGGCGAUGCAGCUGCGGCACGCGCUCGAGAUGCUGCUGACCGUGGGCGAGGGGACCCAGAUCAGCGCGGUGGUCCACAUGCUCCUCCAGCUCGCCCAGCUCGACGGGCCGCUGCGGAUGCACGGCGGGCCUCCGAGCUACGGCGACCUAAAUAACUUCCACCAGCACCUCAACGUGCUCUCGAACCAGCUCAACGUGCUGCACGAGCAGUCGGGUCUCGGCGGCUACCUGCAGAGCCCCUUCUUCUCGCGCUCAAAGUUUGAGCUCUUUGCGUUGCAGCACGUGCAGCUCAUGGUGUGGCUGCAGCGGGUCCAGCAGGGGGCGGCGCAGGCCGCUGGGAAGGCCGGGCCCGACCUGCAGCAGUUCCUGCUCCAGAUUGCGCACGCCGCACGCGUGCUCUUCUUCCAGCCGCUGCUGCUGCACGCGGCGCAGGUGGCGCAGUACGUGCGCAGCGUCGGCGCCGUCGGCAGCGUGGAGCCGGCCGACUCGAUGCAGCAGGCGAUGCAGUACCCGAGCGACAGCGCGUCGGACGCCGAGCGGGUGGAGUGGCUGCACCUCAACCUGCUGAUCCAGUUCCAGUCGCUUUACCGCGACGUCCUCUGCAACGCGGCCGUCUUUGAGCUGCACUACUCGAACGCGGAGGCGGGCCUCUUCCAGGCCUUUUCGCGGCUCGAGGAGAUCUACACGCACCUCAUCGGCCGGUUUCCCGCGUCGUGCCCGCUCAGCGAGCAAGAGCAGGGCGUGCUCACGCAGCUGUGCCAAAAGGUCGUCAAGUACUUCCAGGAUGGCAAACAGAUCAAGGCG